AUGUUACCACCGCUUUGGGUUGUGGAUACGCGUACAGCAGUGUGCCUGACUCUCUUCCCCGCCCCCUCCCCGCACCCAAACCGACGCUCAGCUUGCACAAACGCGUAUGACUACGGGGACCCCACCUGCCUUGGGAAUUCUACCCUGUACUGGGGAACCGGAAACCAUACCGACCUGAGCUGCGCGCACUGCCUGUGCGAGGACGGGUGGGCGGGCGUAGAUUGCGGGCGCUGCCUUGAUGUCUCUGUGUGCCCGAGCAGCACGGUCGACGGGCAGGCUGCGGCAGCGACGAACUGCAGCGCCAACACUCUCCUUCUUACCGAGGAGGAAGCUCGAUCGGAGGCCGGGAAGAUAUUCUCGUGCUCCUGCGGCGGAGGGGAGGACGGCUGGACCGACUUCCUGUGCGAUCAGCAGCCGGACACGUGGAUACAGUGGGCGGUGACGGGGGGGGGUACGGAGGAGGACCCGGCCUUCGUGGUCCUAAAAGAGUUCGCCGGCAUUCACGCCAGGACGGAGGAGAAAUGGCCUGGCCAGUACAAGUACCACUACCCCAAGAUCUUCGACGGCUCGGCCGGCCCCUGCAAGGUUUACCGCGACAAGUGCUUCCCCAUCGGCGGGACGGAUGUGGGGGAGCGCGAUUGCGUGAAUUUCGAGUGCGGCGACACGGAGGGACUCUGUCCUCCCGAGGAGUACCCUAUGUGUGACGGGUUUCCACACUGCGUGUCCCCCAAGGGGAAGACGUACGAGACGCACCCCUGCACGGCCGUGCCGGAGGGAGGGAAGUCCAUCACCAUCGCCUGCCAAGAAGAGAAGGUGAACGGGUCAUACGUGUGCUACUACCAGCAGCCGGGAGGGUUCGCGCCGCUAUCGAUGACCUGCUCCGUUGGGUCCUGCCUGUACCAGGGCGGGGCGCCGGUGCAGCCGUCUGGGUCGAAGGCGAAGGCUGUUUCCUGGUCCAUCGGAGUGCAGAUGGCUAUACUGGUUUCUCUGGCCGGGCUGUUGGUGAUGAGCUUCGUGCUGUUUGCCAUGGUCUCCGACCCGGGCACGGCGGCGACGGCCAAGGGACGAGCCGCGUCGCGGGCGAAGCGAGUCUACGGGACCCCUCUGCUCGAACAGACCCCUGCUCUCGAUCAAGAAGAAGAUGGCAUCACCAGCAGAAGCGCAAGAGUGUCGGGCUUCGCCGGCCCGGAGCCACCACCGCAGGACGCCGCCGCCGCCACCGCCGCCACAUCCCGCCGCAGCAGCGGGGACGGCAGUGAGGAGGUAGGCCAGAGCACCAAACGCGGCGUGACUCCUGCCGGUUCAGCGAACGGUGGCCUCGUCGACGAGACUGCCACGUCAUCGCCGCCGCCGCCGCCGCCGCCAACGGCCUGCGUGCCGAGCACAAUGACGGGCAUCCUCGGCCCCUCCGGUGCGGGAAAAUCGUCUCUCCUUGAUCUUCUCGCCGGCCGCAAGCGCCGCGGGGAAGGCCGAACCACGGGCUCCGUCUCCCUGGUGUACGAUGGCACCGGUAACGGCAACGGCGUCGAAGCGGUGCGCAGGGUAGGGGGGUACGUGUCCCAGGAGGACGUCCUGCCGGGGACCCUGACCUGCUACGAGCACCUCAUGUUCCACGCCAGGCUAAGGAUGCCGCCCGGCACGAGCUUCGCCGAGAGGGCGGAGCGCGUCCUGUGGGUGACGGAGGAGCUGGGGUUGCAGCGGGUGGCGGACUCUCGCAUAGGGGACGAGCUGGAGAGGGGUCUCUCGGGAGGGGAAAGGAGACGCCUCAGCAUCGCCACCGAGCUCGUGGCACGACCGGCCUUGCUGUUUGCGGACGAACCGACCACCGGGCUAGACGCCGCGACGGCCCUUCGCGUGAUGACCCUCCUGAGCGGGGUCGCUUCGAGGGGCACGACGGUCCUGUGCAGCCUUCACCAGCCGCGUCCCCGCGUGUUCAACCUCCUGGACCGGGUAAUCCUCCUCUCCUGGGGCCGGGUGGCGUACUCCGGCCGCCCGGGCGACGCGGAGGCGUUCUUCCGGUCGGUGGGACGGCCGUUCCCCCGCCACCAGCCCCACCCCGCGGACGCGAUGCUGACCCUCGUGUGCCGGGAGGACGGUCGAGACUUGCCGUCCCUUUUCCGCAGGUCUCGGCUGGCGAAGGGGGCUCCGCGGGAGGCCGCCGGUGGUAGGGCAGCAGCAGCGGCGGAGGCGGCGGAGGAGGAGGAGCGUGGCAAGGCGGAGGGGGGCGGGGACGUGUCCAUCUCGGGGUCGCUGAACGGCGACGGCGAGCUGGAAGAGGAGACGGAGUUGGUGGAGGUCGGGAGGGGGUGCACGCGGAACGGCGAGAGAGAAGGGAGGUGGCGCGCGUCGCGACGCCGCCAGCGGCAGCGGCAGCAGCAGCAGCAACUUGCGCCUGAGGAGAACAAGAAGGGAGCAGGGGACGAGACUAGCUCGGCACCUUUCCUGGUCCAGGUGGAGGCGUUGUCGCGGAGGCUGCUGCUGAGGGCGGUGCGACACCCGUUGCUCCUCGUGUUGCACUUCGGGGGUUCUGUGGCGAUGGCGCUGUGCCUCGCUAGCGUGUUUGAGGGGCGGCUUGGGUAUAACUUGGCCGGAGCGCAGGACAGGUUCGGAAUCCUGUUCUUCUUGCUCCUGUACCUCGCCCUUCUUUCUCUGACGUCGCUGCCGGUGUGGCGGGAAGACCGAAGACUUUUCCUCUCUGAGGCCAUGGGAGGAGCGUACGGCCACCUACCCUACUUCACUUCGGUGGCGCUGGCGGACAUCCUCUUGAUCAGGGUCCUCCCGCCGCUGGCGUUCGCGGUGAUGGGGUACCCCUUGAUGGGCCUCAACUCCGAGCCGGAUAACCCGGGCUGUCUUCUGUGGUUCGCGGGUAUUCUGGUGCUUGCCAACGUGACGGUUGCUCUGGCGGCGAUGGGGAUUGGCGCCCUCGGUCUCCCCCUAGACCUGUCGAAUCUGAUCGGCGGUCUCAUGGUGCUGCUCCUCGCAGCCUUCGGGAGGUUCCUCCUCAACGGCACACGCAUCCCCGUGGCGUGGAGGUGGCUGAACUCGGUGACUCCCCUGGGCUAUGCGUUCGAGGCCCUCCUGAUCAACGAGUUUAGCGACGCCGACGGAAGAAGACCCUACCGGAUAGAAGGCAGCCACUGCUCGCCAGACUUGCCGGUGAUCAUGCCACUGGGGCCGCAGAUCCUCGCCACGUUCUCCUUCUCGACCGAGCGGUCGACCAUGCACAAGGACAUGCUGGUGCUGGUGUCUCUGGCUCUGGGGUUGUCGGUGUCGAGCUUGCUGGUCUUCUUCCUGGCCACGAGGACCAAGCCACUCGUGAUCGACUCUCACCCACCUUCGGGGCAAGCCAGGCCUUCCCGCCGCGGGAACACCCGUACCGGCAACAACGCCUCGACGGCCCCAAGACGCAGUAACCCCGUACUAUCCUCCGACCACGGUGUUACCGCCACCGACCCCGCCGCCGAAGACAUGCAGCCCCAGCCACAAGGACCGAUGUCCGUUUCGACCGCCGCCGGUAUCGUGGGCGAAGAGGACCUUGCCCCGGAAGGGGGGCAGCGGGAGGGGAGCGCUGGCGGCGGCGGGGCGACCCGUGGCGGGGCUCGGACCGUUUCGUGGAACGUUCCGGAAGCUCUCGGCGGGCCGCCGCCGCCGGCCGCGGCGGCGGCGUCGGGGAGCAGGCGUUUUUUGUCGCAGGGGGGUUGGGGUGACAGCUUCCGCCGCAAGCGGCGCAGCAGCAGCGAUCGGAUCAACGCGCGGACGGGGGCGGAGAUGGAGACGCCCCCGCCGCCGCCCCCGCCGCUGCUACUGUCGUGGGAAGGGCUGCGGUACGAGAUCGCCGUCCCGCGGAGAAGAGGCUCCUGGUUCGGGAAGGGGGACGCCGCCACGACUGCCGCUCCUCCUCCUCCUCCCCUUGCCGCCGGCGGCGGCGGUGGCGGUGGCAGUGCACGGCGGGGCGAAGAAGAACGCCUCCUGGUCUUGGACUCCGUGUCAGGGUUUGCGGGGCCGACGAGAAGUGCCGGCGGGGGGCACGGGAACGAGGGUGGGGGGUGGGGGGGCACCGUGACUGCCAUCAUGGGGCCCUCCGGCGCGGGCAAGACCUCCCUGCUCAACGCGCUGGCCGGUCGGCUGCAGGAUGUCCAGCGGGAGGCCUCCGGCGGUGGGAGGAGGAGGAGGCCGGGGUUGACCGGCGCCGUGCGGCUGAACGGGCUGGCCGCCAGCCCGGCUGAGGUCCGGGCGCUAUCGGCGUACGUGACCCAGGAGGACGUGCUGCCAGAGACGCUCACGUGCUACGAGCACCUGAUGUUCCACGCCCAGCUUAGGUUGCCCGGGCACACGACGCUUACGAGACGGCACGACAGGGUUGUGGAGGUUUUGGAGCAGCUUGGACUCGUAGACAUACGCGACUCGCGCAUCGGGGGCGGGCUAUCGAGGGGGAUAUCGGGGGGAGAGAAGCGGCGUCUCUCGAUUGGCACGGAGCUCCUCACUCGGCCCGCUCUUCUCUUCCUAGACGAACCUACCACCGGCUUAGACUCGUCGACGGCCGUGCGCGUGAUGAAGCUGGUGUCGGAGGUAGCCUCGCUCGGGACGACGGUGGUCUGCAGCGUGCACCAGCCCCGUCCGGAAGUGGUCCGCCUCAUCCACAAGGUCAUUCUUCUCUCUCGAGGAGCGGUGGCGUUCUCCGGCGCCCCCUCCGACGCAGAGGCACACUUCGCUGCCAUCGGGAGGCCGUUUUCGCGGCUUGGCGCCGGAGAGACGAGCCCGGCAACUGAUCACUCGUCCAGCGGCGGCGGCGGCGGUCCAGGGGGGGCUGGGGGUGCCGUGGCGGGGGGGAUUAACCCGGCGGAUGCCAUCCUUGAUGCCGUCGGGGAGGCGGAGGAUAGGGUGGAUAGGGAAGGGGUGGACGGGGGUGUGGAGAGCGGGGUUAGUCUUGUGGUGAUGCCGCGGCAGCAACUCGUGGAGCAGGUCCGCACGGCGGAGGCCUCGGGCCCGCCGCCGACUUCCCUCUUCGGCAUCCACGGCUCAGCAACCACAAGAAGGACGCCGCCUCCCGUCUGCACCCAGCUCAGCGCCCUGCUCCAGCGAGCGUCCAUCAACGUGGCACGCGACCCUUACUUGGCUGGCCUGCACAUGGUCUUGACGGUGUUCGUCGGAGUGGUCGUCGGCUCUCUGUUCCGGGACUUGGGCCGCUUGAACGGCUGCACGGCUGGAGUUCAGGAUCGGCUGGGCGUGGUGUUCCUCCUGCUCCUCUUCCUCUCCCUGCUGUGCCUUACGUCCCUCGCGGCCUGGCGGAAGCAGAUGGUCCUCUUUGUGCACGAGCGGGCCUCGGGCGCCUACGGCGCGGCCGCCCACCUGACCGCCGCCGCCGCCGUUGACGCCCUCGCCUGCCGCGUCCUACCCCCCAUCCUCCUGGCCCUUACCGUCAGCCCCCUCGCCGGCUUGCGCCCAGGCGGUCUUUUCGGCCUAGCGGGCGGCCUCGUGGCCUUCAACCUGUCCCUGGCCGGGGUCUUGGCUGCCUGCGGCGCUGGCGCGAAGUCGUCCCAGGAGGCGUUGGCGACGGGGUGCCUGGUGGUGCUGUUCUCGGCGCUGCUGUCGGGGUUCCUUGUGUCGAAGGACGACCUGCCCGCGGCGUGGGGGGCGCUGGCGUGGCUGUCGCCCAUCGGGAGAGGGUUCGAGUCGCUCGUCGCGAACGAGUUUAGCCCAUACGGUGCUGUGUUCCGGCUGUCGACCAAGAUCGGAUCGGCGCCAAUCGUGUACACUGACCCCAUGACGGGGGAUCAGAUUCUCCGCUGCUUCGGAUUCAGCAGCGGCCGCACCCUGACCGAUCUCGGAAUUCUGGCAGCGGUGGGCGGGGGCGGGCUUGCGCUGGCGCUUGUGUUCCUGAAGCGUUCCCGAUGAAAAGAAAGGAUGGUCGCGUAACGUCCCCCUUUGUUAAAGAAAGGUGUUGUGGUGUUGCAGAUAUGUUGACGGUUUUUUCGUUGGUGUUGAGUCGUAUCCGUCGUGGUUGAAGACCGUUUCGAUGUUGAUGACGGUUUUCGAUGUUGGCGACCGUUUCGAUGUUGAUGACCUUUUUUCGGUGUUGAUGAACGUGUCGAUGUUGAUGAGUUUUUUUCGUCGUUUGUGACCGUUAUCGAUGGGUGGCCAGCGUGAUGAGCACGUUGUUUCGACCACUAUGACCGCGUGGGGUGCAGGCAUGUGCGGUAUUGAACAGCACCGACAGGCUUUGCCGGAAUCCGUUGUCAUUGAUUGGUUAUUGAAAAAGGUGGGCACCUUACGGCAGGGUUUGGACAAUAUUGAGCCUUUUCUCUCAAUGCCACGGGACCUGAAGGUUGGACCACCAAGAUUAAUUCACUCCCUCUGCGCAUCCAUCGGUCGUGGGGUGUGGUGAUUCUGCCACUGUUUCGGGGACAUAAUAUGAUGUGCGUCCUUUUCGUCAAUUCACUUGCUGCGGCGUCUGCGACAUCGGUGUAGUCAGUGCUGUUGCACCCACUCGCGGUGAAGUUCUCAAACUACUACUACUUCAAGUUUGUAAAUCUUGGUAGAAAUCUCAUGUGCAUGCACCUCAAACUGCACAUGUACAUCUUGAUAGAAACCUCGUGUGCAUGCAUAUACUGCUGUAGACUGCUUUGUUGUUGUGUGGAUCUGGGAUGCGGAGGGUAUGCGAUCAUGAUCGAACGUGAUGUUGACAGCAACUAUUGUACAGAGUUUGUGUUGGUGUGGAGGAGUCAUGUAGAACUACGUUAACGUUGCGGUCUUCAUACUUGAAUGUAUCUCCGAGGCGAUCUACGCGAGUGG